AUGUCUGUUAAUGAAACCAUAAAAACUGCAAUUUGGGUCCAAAGUGGGGAGAUUAGAAUUGCUUUGUGUGUAGUUUUUUCAUUGCUUUAUCUUAUAUGGCAUAUAGGCACUUCAAUUGAUAACUCUGUGCUUGGCGGUAUUUAUACAUCAAUUAAGCCUUUGGGUGAUAGAGUGUUGGUGAAGCUCCAAACUUCUGAAGAAAAGACUGGUGGAGGAAUUUUACUUCCUACAACGGCUCAAACAAAGCCUAAAGGAAGUGAGGUGGUUGCAAUUGGAGAGGGUAAGACAGCUGGGAAUACGAAAGUGGACCUCAGUGUCAAGGAUGAUAAUCUGCCAAGUAUCGGCCCAUCUGGUGUGUGCUUUCCUGCUUCAUGA